AUGAGUCCAUCUACUACUGAAUUAUUAUCUUCAAAUCAAUUACAAUUUAAGAUUAAAGAUGAUCCCUAUUGUCCCACCUGGUUAAAACAACAAAAAUUACCAAUGUUACCAAAUUUACAAAGUGCUGCAUCUCCUCAAAGUUCGGUAUUUUCAGAAUUACCAACUGUUCAACAAUCAUCAAAUCCAAAAUUUAAUUAUCAACAAUCAUUAAUUGAAUUUUUAAACUACCUAAUUUCUAAAUUUAGAGAAUUUGAAGCUUAUAUAAAUGAAAAAUAUAUUUAUUGGAGUCAGAAAAAUUCAUUGGUUUUAAUUAAUUUAACUAAAAUUCAUCAAGGUUUUAAGAAUUUGAUUUUUCAUAUACUUAAAAAUCUAUCAAAAGAUUUAGAAUUUCAAUUUGAUAAUUUAUUAAAUUUUAACAUUUUUCAAAUUGUAUAUAAUUCAAAUGUGAUUAAUAUUGGGAAAUUAAUUAAUGAAUAUUUAUUAAUUAAUGAGUUUAAAUUUAAUAUAUUAUCAUAUUAUUUUAAAUUGAAUUUUUUAAUUGGUGAAGAGAAAGAAGCUAGAGAUUAUUUGGUUAUUCCGAUGGAUAUUUGGUUUAAAUUACCUAUGCAUUUAAAGAAAAUUAAGGAUCAUAUUGUUGAUUUAGAUAGGAGUUAUUUACAAGAUUUAGAAAUUAAUUUAAUUAAAUUAAAUUCAAUCACUAAUAAAUUUACAGUUAUUGAUGAUUUAAAGAAAUUUAACAAAUUGGAACAUUGGAGUGAUUUAAGUAAGGUUAAUCAAUUGAUAAAUUACAAGUUUCCUGAAAUUUGUGGUGGGUAUAAUAUUAUUGAAUUUUCAGAAUUUAAUAUGAGACCAUUAUCAACUGCUAAUGAUAUCAAAUUGGAAAACAAAAAAGUUAAAGUUAAACAAGUAGAUUAUAGAGUUAAAAGAAGGGAAAGAGAAGAGAAGGAGAAAGGAAAGGAGAAGGAGAAAGAAAAGGAGAAGGAGAAAGAAAAGGAGAAAGAGAAAGAAAAGGAGAAAGAGAAAGAAGUUCAAAAUCAAUCUAGUGUUACUACUUCACCUAAAUCAAAACCCGUUAAUAAUUCCACUCCACUUCCAAGAUCUAAAUCUUUCAAACGAUCAUUUUCAAAGUUAGUCAAACGUAGUAAAUCAACAAGUGAUGCAAAAGAAAAGGAGAAGCAAAAAGUAGAAGAAAAGAUACCAAUAAGACAUCAAUCAUUACAAGAACCAUUACCAAUUAACAUACCACAAGAACCACCGCAUAUAAAAGAAAUACCAUCGAAUACAUUACUUCAAGAUAAUUCACAAUUUCAACAUCAAAUUAGUUCAUUACAGACAUAUUAUAAGAAAUUAAUUGAAUUAGGUCCAAAUUUGAUAUUCUUCCUUAAGAUACAAUCAAACUAUUGCAAGUCAAGAAUUUACCUAGCUUCAAGUUCAGAUCAAGAAAUAGUAAAACAAUAUUAUUCCAAACUUAUAAAUCAAUUAGAAUUUACUAAAAAUGUUAUAAUUCCACAUAUCACUGAUAAAUUGAUAAUACCAAUCAAAGAAUGCCUUAAAUUGAUCAAGAAAGAUAAAGCAGAUGCUCAAAAUUUGAAAAAGUUCAUGGAGUUAAUAUCUAUUGAAUUUAAUCAAUUAUAUAUUAAAUGGUUAGAUGGAAUCAUUGGUUCAGAUAAUGUUAUACAAUUUGAAAAAUUGUAUAAAUUGAUGGGUGGUGAACAUGAUCUAAUUCAAUAUUAUAAUCACUUGACAAAAUUGAAGAGUUUAAUAAUGUAG